AUGUGCAAGAUUAUCGACGGGAUGACUCAAUUGAAGUGUAAAGACAGUGCAGAUGUCGCACAAUUAAGAGUUGAAGGAAGAGGUGGGCGGGGAGAGAGGUUGCGCCAGGUGUCCGACUUCGUUUUUGUUGUCGCAGAGGUUCGUGGAGAGUUCGCUUUAGCUCCCGUGGUUAGGCUAGUGCGGGUGAAUUGUCCGGUGCACGCUCUGCUCGUCCUUUUCUAUGGCAGAACCAAAUAUCUGCAGACGGCAACAAAGAAAGGCGCCGACAAAGGCGAGAAGGCGAGAAGGCGAAGGAACGGAAGAGUGGAAGUUGGGUCGAGUCGAGUCGAGAGGAAUAAAGAACGUGAGUGGUUGUACGACCAAGAGCGAACGAACGAGGGCCCAGAAGGCAGAGUGGCAGCAGCAGAAGCAGAGAGCAGCAGGGUGGGCGUGGGAUGCAAUGGACGAUCGGGGCAGGCGAAGCAGGCGAUAGAGCGAAUGAUAUCGGAUGCGCAGGCCGAGACACGUUCCCUGAUUGGGGGGGUUGCGGUGCAGGAGGUGGAGAAGUUGAUGCAGAAGCGAUGCAAUGUGACCGGAGAGGAAGAACUGCCUCAGCGAAGGCGAGGUGGACGAACAGAAAAGCGCGUUUCUGGUCCAGAACGCGAUUCUGCUGGCAAGCGCACUGUUGCAGCGCAGCGCAGCGGCGUGAACGGUGCAGCAGGCGAGAAGUGCUGGGGAGUGCUGCUAGCUGCUUUCGCCCAAGUGCAGAUCGUGCCGAGGACGAAACGCCAGACCGCCUCUGCCACUGGCCUCGAUGUUUCUUCUCGGCCGCUCUUCCGGAGGAUUUUGAUCUUGUCCUUGGUCCCCUACGCUCCUUGGAAGGCCUGGGGCCGUGGAUUUUGGCAAGUGGAGCCUCGCUGCGUGCCGGCGCUGCACUGCUGA